AUGCUUAAAUCAUUGGGAAGGUGUGUUUCCUGUUAUAGUCUACCACAGUGAAAACAAAACAAGCCUGGGGACUAAAGCCAAGAAAGCAAAAUCGCAGGGACUGGGAUUAGCUAACAGUGUAGUGAGUUUAUACCUGUGCAUUGAUUAAGGGUAGUUACAGAAUCACCUUCUGGUGAAUUGAAAGAAAAAAGAAGACUUCCUUCCAAGCUGGAAGCUUCCUAGAUUCUUGUACAGUGGAGUCAUAGUUUGGAGUGGGGACUGCCUCGAGGCCUUUCCUGGGAACUGUAGUCUACACUGGCUAACACCUUUCUUGUUGGGGAUGUGCUUUCUGUGGUCAUCAGAGCAGUCGUUCAUCACGUUUGUGUCUCUUAUUUCCCUUCUCGCAUCAGCUGGCAUCUUCCAGGCCAUGUGUCUCCUGAUCUGUGCUGAGAUGUACCAAGUGUCCAGGCUGCAGCACAUCUGUGAGCUGUUCAUCAUCACGCAGCUGCAGAGUACGCCCAGCCGGGAGCUCGCCUCCAUGAGCCUCGACAUCGUCGACCUACUCAAGAAAGCCAAGUUUCACCACUCUGAUUGCUUCUCCACCUGGCUACUUCAUUUCAUUGCCACUAACUACCUCAUCUUCAGUCAAAAGCCUGAAUUUCAGGACCUUUCAGGUAGAUCACCAAUUUCACUUUGAGAAGAAAGCUUCUGGGGGGAGGGGCGGGGCUGUGCCCAGCUCAAGUGGUAGAGCAGAAGCCUGGAUUCCAUUUCUAAUAGCAAAAAGUAAAUACGUGUAGUCUUUGU